UAAACCUCACGAAUGUGAGAUGUGUGGGAAAUCUUUUGCUAGGGAAGACCAGCUGAGAAGACAUAUUUUAAUUCACACUGGAAAGAAACCACACAAAUGUGAGAUUUGUGGGAAAUCUUUUACUAUAUUAGGCAAUCUUAACAAACAUUUAUUAGUUCACACUGGAAAGAAACCGCACAAAUGUGAGAUUUGUGGGAAAUCUUUUACUAUAAUAGGCAAUCUUAACAAACACGUAUUAAUUCACGCUGCAAUGAAACCUCACAAAUGUGAGAUGUGUGGGAAAGCUUUUGCGUUUUCAAGCUAUCUGAAGGCACAUACACUAAUUCACACUGGAAAGAAACCUAACAAAUGUGAGAUAUGUGGUAAAUCUUUUACUAUGUUGGGUAAUCUCAAGAAACAUGCGUUAAUUCACACUGGAAAUAAACCUCACAAAUGUGAGAUUUGUGGGAAAUCUUUUGCUAGGGCAGACCAUCGCAAGACACACAUAUUAUUUCACACUGGAAAUAAACCUCACAAAUGUGAGAUUUGUGGUAACUCUUUUAGUGUAUUAGGCAAUCUUAACAAACAUUUAUUAACUCACACUGGAAAGAAACCUCACAAUUGUGAGAUUUGUGGGAAAUCUUUUGCUGCAUCAGGCUAUCUCAAGAAUCAUGUUGUAAUUCACACUGGAAACAAACCGCACAAAUGUGAGAUUUGUGGGAAAUCUUUCCCUAUGUCAAGCCAUCUCAAGAAACACGUAUUAAUUUACACUGGAAAGAAACCUUACAUGUGCGAUAUUUGUGGGAAAUCUUUUACUAUGUUAGGUGAUCUCAAGAAACAUGUAUUGAUUCAUACUGGAAAUAAACCUCACAAAUGUGACAUUUGUGGGAAAUCUUUUACUGUAUUAGGCAAUCUUAAUAAACAUGUAUUCAUUCACACUGGAGAGAAACCUCACAAAUGUGAGAUUUGUGGGAAAUGUUUUACUAUGUUAAGUGAUCUCAAGAAACAUUUAUUAAUUCACACUGGAAAUAAACCUCACAUAUGUGAGAUUUGUGGGAAAUCUUUUGCUAGGGCAGAUCAUCGCAAGACACACAUAUUAUUUCAUACUGGAAAUAAACCUCACAAAUGUGAGAUUUGUGGGAAAUCUUUUACUAUAUUAGGCAAUCUUAACAAACAUUUAUUGUAUCACACUGGAAAGAAACCUCACAAAUGUGAGAUUUGUGGGAAAUCCUUUACUAUGUUAGGUGAUCUCAAGAAACACAUAUUAAUUCACACUGGAAAGAAACCUCACAAAUGUGAGAUCUGUGGGGAGUCUUUUGCUACAUCAGGUUAUCUCAAGACACAUGCAUUUGUACACACUGGAAGUGGACCUCACAAGUGUGGUAUCUGUGACAAAAGUUUUACUUACUUGGAUACUCUCAAGACACAUGCAUUACUUCACAUCAGAAAGAAAAUGUAAGUAUGUGUUAGAUUACGCAAAUAGGUUUUCGUGGUUGG